AUGAGAGCGCUUACCAUUACUAUCCUUUCUUUUGCUGCUUUCGCAAAUGGUGGCGUACUAGUCCAGGACGCACCAGCUUGCCCAGAGCAGCAUGGAGUACAAGCUUACGCCCACCCUGAAUCCUGCAACCUGUUUUUCCUUUGUACAAACGGAACCUUAACAGUAGAAACUUGCGAAAAUGGUUUGCUCUUUGAUGGAAAAGGCAAUGUAUACAAUCAUUGCAACUACAACUGGGCUGUUGAUUGUGGAAAGAGGAAAGCUGACUUAACGCCCAUCAGCACUCCAGGAUGUGAAUACCAAUUUGGCAUUUACCCAGACGGCCCAGAAUGUUCAGUUCACUUUAUCAAAUGCGAAUACGGAGAACCAAUUCCCAACCAAUGUGAUGCAGGUCUAGUUUACGAUGAACGCAUCCACGGAUGUAAUUGGCCAGAUCUUUUGGCAGAAAAAUGUAACCCAGAAGUUCUUACAGCUGUUGUCGGCUUCAAGUGUCCAACCAAGGUCCCGUCCAAUAGUCCCGCAGCCAAGUUCUGGCCUUACCCUCGCUUCCCCGUUCCUGGUGACUGUCAUCGUUUGAUCACCUGCGUUAACGGAUACCCACGACUUAUCACUUGCGGAGAAGGCAAAGUAGUUGACGAGCACAGCCUCUCAUGCGAAGAACCAGAGCUCGUGCCGCACUGUGCUAAUCACAUCAGAAAGUAA